CGCCGCUGCCUUGGCGCUUCGCUUUUGCAUCCCCUGCUUGAGGCUCCUAGGGUUGGUCUUUCAAGGGGACGCGAGCGGUACCCCCGCAGAGGCCUGGGAUCUGGCAGCCUCUCACUCCUGUGCCGGCCGGAUAGCGCGUUGGUGUCACCGUCAUGGAUCUAAAUUUAAACCGAGCGGAUUAUUUACAGGUGGGAGUGACCUCUCAGAAGACUAUGAAGCUACUUCCUGCCUCAAGACAUAGAGCUACACAAAAGGUGGUUAUUGGAGAUCAUGAUGGUGUAGUUAUGUGCUUUGGCAUGAAAAAAGGAGAAGCAGUGGCAGUGUUCAAGACUUUACCCGGGCAGAAGAUUGCAAGAUUGGAGCUAGGAGGGGUUCUUAACACACCUCAGGAGAAGAUUUUUAUUGCUGCAGGAUCUGAGAUCAGAGGCUUCACAAAGAGAGGAAAACAGUUCCUCUCUUUUGAAACUAACCUCACUGAAAGCAUUAAAGCUAUGCAUAUAUCUGGCUCAGAUCUCUUUCUCAGUGCAAGUUACAUCUAUAACCAUUAUUGUGAUUGCAAAGACCAACAUUAUUACCUUUCUGGGGACAAAAUUAAUGAUGUCAUCUGCCUUCCAGUGGAAAGAUUACCUCGUAUUACACCGGUAUUGGCCUGCCAGGACAGAGUGCUCAGAGUUUUACAGGGAUCAGAUGUGAUGUAUGAAACUGAAGUGCCUGGCCCACCUACCGUUUUAGCACUACACAAUGGAAAUGGCGGUGACUCUGGAGAAGACCUUUUGUUUGGAACAUCAGAUGGAAAACUUGGGCUUAUUCAGAUCACUACCUCCAAACCAGUACACAAGUGGGAAAUUCGAAAUGAGAAAAAGCGGGGAGGGAUUUUGUGUGUUGACAGCUUUGACAUUGUGGGUGAUGGGGUUAAAGACUUACUUAUUGGGAGAGAUGAUGGAAUGGUGGAAGUGUACAGUUUUGACAAUGCAAAUGAGCCUGUUCUACGAUUUGAUCAGAUGUUGUCUGAAAGUGUUACAUCUAUCCAGGGUGGUUGUAUAGGGAAAGAUGGCUAUGAUGAAAUUGUGGUAUCUACAUAUUCAGGCUGGGUUACAGGUCUGACCACAGAGCCUAUACAUAAAGAAAGUGGUCCAGGAGAAGAACUAAAAAUUAAUCAGGAGAUGCAGAAUAAAAUUUCUUCUUUAAGGAGUGAGCUGGAACAUCUGCAGUAUAAGGUACUACAGGAAAGAGAGAAGUAUCAACAGUCUUCUCAAUCAAGCACAGCAAAAUCAGCAGUACCUUCAUUUAGUGUAAAUGAUAAGUUUACAUUAAAUAAAGAUGAUGCCAGCUACAGUCUCAUCCUAGAGGUACAGACAGCGAUAGAUAAUGUCUUAAUACAGAGUGAUGUUCCAAUAGACUUACUUGAUGUGGAUAAAAAUUCUGCUGUUGUCAGCUUUAGCAGCUGUGAUUCUGAGUCAAAUGACAACUUUCUUCUCGCUACUUAUCGGUGCCAGGCAAAUACCACAAGGCUGGAACUCAAGAUUCGUUCAAUUGAAGGCCAGUAUGGCACACUUCAAGCAUACGUGACUCCAAGGAUUCAACCUAAAACCUGUCAGGUCCGCCAAUACCUUAUCAAACCCCUUUCACUUCAUCAAAGAACUCACUUUAUUGAUCAUGACAGACCCAUGAAUACGCUGACUUUAACGGGCCAGUUCAGUUUUGCUGAAGUUCACUCCUGGGUGGUGUUUUGCGUGCCUGAAGUUCCUGAAAAACCUCCAGCAGGAGAAUGUGUGACAUUUUACUUUCAGAACACCUUCCUGGAUACACAACUUGAGAGUACCUACAGAAAAGGAGAAGGAAUUUUUAAAUCUGACAACAUUUCUACUAUAUCCAUCCUAAAAGAUGUGCUCUCUAAAGAAGCUACCAAAAGGAAAAUUAACCUCAACAUAUCAUACGAGAUAAAUGAAGUAUCAGUCAAACAUACUUUAAAGCUAAUCCACCCAAAGUUGGAGUACCAGUUGCUUUUGGCUAAGAAAGUGCAAUUAAUUGAUGCUUUAAAAGAAUUGCAGGUUCAUGAGGGAAAUACAAACUUUCUGAUACCAGAAUAUCGCUGUAUUCUCGAAGAAGCAGAUCACCUACAGGAAGAGUACAAAAAGCAACCUGCACAUCUUGAAAGACUGUACGGCAUGAUCACUGAUCUUUUCAUAGAUAAGUUCAAGUUCAAAGGCACCAAUGUAAAAACCAAAGUACCUCUUUUACUGGAGAUUCUGGACAAUUAUGACCAAAAUGCAUUGAUUGCUUUCUUUGAUGCUGCAUGAAAUAGAAACAAGGUAAAGUUCCAGAGAAGUCUUUUUAAAUGAAAUAUGUUAAAACAGAAUUAUGGCACAAGCUAACUGUACAUACUUUUAUUUCAGAUGCUUUUUAAUAUCAUUUAAGACUUUAGGAUAUGACUUCUUUUAGUUCUAUUUUGAGAAAUGGAGCUUUUUAAAAAUAAAUAGAAUUUUUAUUUUAAAACAAGUGGAAUGAUUAUAAGGAAUUUUAAUGAA